AUGAAACAGAUAUAUAGGAAGGCAGAGCGCGUCAUCUUGUGGCUCGGUCCUUCGGACCCAAUGACAAGGUCUGCGUUUGAAAAAUUCAAACUGCUGGCUGUUUUGUGGUCCUGGCGAGCGGCAAAGGGUGCAAAGGAGGAAUGUUCGGAAAAAGAGUUCAGAAGAUUCAUGAUCCACGAUAGCUCAGAGCUGGAUGACAAGACCAUUUUUGACUUACGUGACAAAUGCACGUGGACAUCGGGCCCCUCUGCCAUGCAAAGAGGAGCGAUGGAGUAUUGCGACCUGUCCCCAACGAACGACCUACAUGGCUCGAAAGCCUUCGAAUUUGGACGCUUUCAGCUUUGGCGGGCAAUCGACGACAUGUUUGCUAAUCCUUUCUUCUCUCGCGCAUGGAUCAUACAAGAGGUAUCAGUCGCUCGCAUUGCACAUGUCCAGUGUGGCCCCUUCUUGCUCCCUUGGGAGCUAUUUCGAAGUGCCUUCAACGCGCGACAGCUCCUGCGCUGUCAGCCACUCCAGUACAGCGAUCCUCUGGCUACUCCGAAUGCUGUAAGCACUGUCAGGGAUGCACGUAAGCGUUUCUGGAACGAUGGUUUCUGCACGGAUCUGGCUGGGGCGAUGCCCCUUUUCUCUUUCUCGAAAGCAAAGGAUCCUCGAGACUACAUCUAUGCCGCCCUGGGUCUGAUCAAGCAUACGUCGAGACCCGGUCGUUUCAACCGUAUUGUGCCUGACUACACCAAGGACGUGUCUGAGGUCUAUCUGGAAGCAGCAAGCCAUAUGAUAAUUGAACGAAAAGAUUUAUAUAUCUGGGGCCUUAAUGAUCCACCGCGAACAAAAACCGUCACCAAUCUUCCAACUUGGGUGCCUGAUUGGUCAAUGGAAUCCGAAGAGGGCAACCCAUAUCAUUGCAAACUGUUGUUCUCGAGAGCCUUUCCCGGUGAUCUCGUUAUCGACCGUCGACACCUGCGAGUCAACGCUCAUCUGCUUGACACAGUAUGUCUUGUUGUAGAUAUCGUGGAAGUGUACGAUUUACGAGACCUCCUUGCUAAGACCAUUCUGCUAUUUAGAGAGUUCGGCUUAGGGCUUUUCGAACCGUAUCAAGCAGAAAGCCUCAACAUGAAAUUCUCAGCAACAGUCGAUGGUGAUGGUGGUUCCACCUCCCACAAGCACCCAAGCCCAUACUUACAACGACUCGGCCAUGCAUUUUCAGUGCUCACGAAGUUGAAGCACGUACCAAACCUCGUUCUGAAAGUACUAUCAGAUCUUCUUCUCGCAAGGGACCGGCCCAAUGAGGAUAGAACGCUCGCUAUUGAGGCGCUAUGGGCUUGUCUAUGCAAUGGCGACAAGGAUAGGAAGACCGGUUUCCAGCUUUUCCUUGCCCAUUUGUACUUCGAGGUAUUGACGUCAAUUCCCGGAAUUCAAACUCUUGAUAAGGGAAUAUCCAACAAAGCUUACAAGACCUGGUUGAUGGCGGCAUGCAUUCUUUCAGCUCAACAGCCUCAAGAUACCUUCUGGAGCACGCUCUGCCAUGAGAAACUUUCGCAAAUUAUGCCGGAUGAGGAGCGAGUCAUGUCACCUGAAGCACUAUUUAUAACCAGAGCGGGCUACUUUGGUCGCUGUCCCAAGGAUGUGGCAAAGAUCGGGCAUCACGUCGCCAUCCUGGGCGGGGCUUUUCGCCCUUACCUGCUGGAGAAACAGCCCGAGGGGUUUUAUCAUUUUGUGUCCUACGCAUACGUGGAAGGCAUUAUGAACAUGACAGCACUCGGUCCAGACAUGACAUUGACGAGGAUAGAGAUCCGGUAA